AUGAGACAAUCACGCAGACGGGCAUAUUGCUGCACGGGAUUUGUCCCUUCGUCAAUCACCAAUUCUGGCAACCUCGUGCUCUAUGGCCAGACUUCUGUGCUUAGCAAGCGAGGCGGUUCUAAUACUGGCCUCAGUAUCUAUGUACGCGACCAUGGACUUGAAGAGCGUGGUUUGCCUGGCUUGAUACUCUCCGGAUUGGGAUUGGGAUCUCUCUGCCUCGCUGAUCUCGUCCCAUCGCUUCUUGGAGCACUGCCCACGUUCGGCCUAUCCCUUAUUGGGGAGGGGGUAGUAUGCGCUCUGGGGGCACUUGCCGGCGCCGCUGCUACGAUCUACGUCGGUUGGCAAAUUAUCUCAGGCAUAGUUGGGUGGCUUUUCGGCGGCUCCCCAUCUAAACCCAACGUUGGCGUCCCAACAAAAGUUGGGACCCGAACUGCGUAUGGCCAGUGGUCGAUUCUCGACUUUAACGGCGGCGCAACGACGACUAGCUGCGAUUGUGAGGUCACAUAUACGUGCCGCUAUGGCUUGGGUUGGGAUGAGAUUUGUGAUAACCAAAGAUGGGCGAUCAACAAGCUGCUCAACGGAAAGACUGUCUAUCAACCACUGACAGCCCAGAACGGCCGUAAGUAUUCAUCGUGGAGAUCUAGCCAGCGUAUUGGCGCAUACCGAACCCGGGCCCAAGCAUCGAUCAACAACGUAGCCCGAUGUCAACUGGAUGAGUUUCCUAUGGGCAACCUCAAGGAAUCAGGAAAUAAUUCUCCGCAGGCUUGCCGUCUAGUCAACGGCCCUGCGAAUGGGAGACAGGGAAAUGAUUACAAGGCUUGGAAGGACGCGCAAUGGAGGCCUUGCUCGGCGUACCGCUCUACCAAGUGCGGCAUUAAUGACGAUGGACCGCCUGCAACCUGGGCGUUUGGGCCGCUGCCCGCGGGGCGCGGUUCCGGCAGUGGACAACACUUCAUAGAUGCUUAUGGUUUCGACGAGCAAACGGUCAACUCGCUUUGCUGGGCUACAUACACUUACACCGACCAGCCUGGAGUUAUCUCGACCUCCACGGUUACUGACCAUGGGUUCCGUGUUCUUGACGAUGAUCCUAUCGGCCUUUUGACUCUCAACCGGGAAUAUUUCAAAGAGACCUUCUCGGCAACGACCAGUACAUGUCGCUUGAGGAGUAUAACGACCCCGCUGGCGUCUGCCACGCUGACCUCAAAUUCCUUGGAAAUGGCAAACGAUGCCUAUCUCGACCUUGAUUAUGAUAAUCUCUACUUCGUCGAUCUGGAUGGCAACCCUAUCGACGGUCGGACAUGCAACAUCAUCUACGAGGACGACGGCCCGCGCUCCGAAGUGCGUCUCGUACUUGACGAGGAUGGUCAUGUCGUGGACAUGUAUAUGGGCGACCCAGAUGCUGGCUCGUGGACCAAGGAGGAGGUUAAAAGUUACAAUUCGGAUAAGGUGACUGUUGAUGCUACCACCGUCACUGUCACCACGGGUGUUCUGGCGGGCAGCGAGUCCCGACCCACGUUCGCAGCGAGUACGACUGGGUCCGAGACGAGAUCGGAACCGUAUUGA